AUGGUUGUGUUCGGGAAUGUUUCCGCGGCGAAUUCGCCUUAUCAAAACGGGUUUUUGGAGGCACUUACAACAUCUGGAGGCUGUGAAUUAAUGGGACACAGCGUCAGGAUUCCGACUAAAGCACUCAAGACAAGAACAAGGAGGAGGAGUGCUGGUCCUUUGCAGGUAGUUUGUGUGGAUAUACCAAGGCCAGAGCUAGAGGGCACUGUGAAUUUCUUGGAAGCUGCAAGUUUAUCUGCAUCUUUCCGCAGUGCUCCUCGUCCUGCAAAGCCUUUAAAAGUUGUAAUCGCUGGUGCUGGAUUGGCUGGAUUAUCAACUGCAAAGUACUUGGCUGAUGCAGGCCAUAAACCUCUGUUGCUUGAAGCAAGAGAUGUUCUUGGUGGAAAGAUAGCUGCAUGGAAGGAUGAAGAUGGUGAUUGGUACGAAACCGGUUUACAUAUAUUUUUGAAGUUCUUGACGUUUUUCUCCUUGAUUCUUUUCAUAUUCUUGCUGGAAGUCGGUGCUUAUCCGAAUGUGCAGAACUUAUUUGGAGAACUUGGGAUCAAUGAUCGGUUGCAGUGGAAGGAACACUCCAUGAUUUUCGCCAUGCCAAGUAAACCUGGAGAAUUCAGUAGAUUUGACUUCCCAGAUGUCCUACCUGCACCCUUAAACGUGCUUGAGUGUUUUGUUAAUGGCAUCGUGGGUCUGGUUCGAAAAGGUAUAUGGGCUAUUUUGCGGAACAACGAAAUGCUGACAUGGCCAGAGAAAAUAAAGUUUGCUAUCGGACUUCUGCCGGCUAUGGUCGGAGGUCAGGCUUAUGUUGAGGCUCAAGAUGGUUUAUCAGUUGAAGAAUGGAUGAGAAAGCAGGGAGUACCUGAUCGCGUGACUGAUGAAGUGUUUAUUGCCAUGUCAAAGGCACUUAACUUCAUAAACCCUGACGAACUUUCAAUGCAAUGCAUCUUGAUAGCUUUGAACCGGUUUCUUCAGGAAAAACAUGGUUCCAAGAUGGCAUUCUUAGAUGGUAAUCCUCCUGAGAGGCUUUGUAUGCCGAUUGUGGAACAUAUUCGAUCACUAGGUGGGGAAGUACGACUUAACUCCAGGAUAAGGAAAAUUGAGCUUGAGAAUGAUGGCACGGUUAAGAAUUUCUUACUCACUGAUGGAAGCACUAUCGAAGGAGACGCCUAUGUGUUUGCAGCUCCAGUCGAUAUCCUGAAGCUUCUUUUGCCUGACCCCUGGAAAGAAAUACCAUACUUUAAGAAACUGGAGAAAUUAGUUGGUGUGCCAGUGAUUAACGUUCAUAUAUGGUUUGAUCGGAAACUGCAGAACACAUAUGAUCACCUACUCUUUAGCAGAAGUAACCUUCUGAGUGUAUAUGCAGACAUGUCGUUAACUUGUAAGGAGUAUUACGAUCCUAACCGGUCGAUGUUGGAGCUAGUGUUUGCACCUGCAGAGGAAUGGAUAUCAAGGAGCGACCUUGACAUCAUAGAUGCAACAAUGAAAGAGCUGGAGAGACUCUUCCCCGAUGAAAUCGCGUCUGACCAAAGCAAAGCCAAGAUCCUGAAGUACCAUGUAGUGAAAACUCCAAGGUCUGUGUACAAGACCGUUCCAAACUGUGAACCCUGUCGUCCUCUACAGAGAUCUCCAAUUCAAGGAUUCUACUUAGCUGGAGAUUACACUAAACAGAAGUACUUAGCUUCCAUGGAAGGAGCUGUUCUCUCUGGCAAAUUCUGCUCACAGUCUAUUGUGCAGGAUUAUGAGCUAUUGGCUGCAUCUGGACCAAAGUUAUCUGAGGCGACUGUAUCAACAUGA